GGUGCUGCAGGAUUGUGCUGGGAUUCAGAGGGAUGUGCUGCUGCCUUUGAUUUCCCGCUGUGUCGUUUUCAGAAGCUGACAUUUCCCCUGUCCUGCAGCCUCGCGCCGAGACGGAUAAAUGUGCUCCAGUGCAGCUUCUCUGAAAACCCACGGACCUCAUGUCGUUCCUGGACUGCUCCUGCAUCUCCUCCCACACUCAGGUCCAGCCAAUCAGCAUAGAGGACCAGUACAAGGACACCAGCCACACACACCUGAGCAGUGAUGGUUCUCCGUGCUCUGUGCUGGGAGCAGAAAAUGACCUCUCCGGUCUGUCGGCGGACCCCGCAGAUUAUCAACUGCUGUCAGAACUGGGGCGGGGUUUUAAUAACCUGAGCCAGGUGAGCAUGGCACGCCAUAAACCAUCUGGCCGGCUGGUGGCAGUGAAGAACACCAACUUGGAUGAGUGUACAGAGGAUGAACUGCUGCAACUAAUGAAUGAGGCCCUCUUAUCCAGACUUUUCCGCCACCCAAAUCUGCUCACAUCAAGGCUAGUGUUCAGCUCCUGUUGCCAGCUGUGGGUUCUGUCCCCUCUAAUGAGCUACGGUUCUGCAGACUCUUUGCUCAGGUUGUAUUUUCCUGACGGAAUGAGUGAAUCUUUAAUAGCAUACCUGCUUUAUGGGGUUCUGAGGGCGCUCCAGUACCUGCACCACAUGGGCUAUGUACACAGGGGUGUGAAGGCGAGUCAUGUGCUGUUGUCUGCUGAAGGUCGUGUGUGUUUAUCCGGGCUGCAGAGUGUGUACAGUUUAAUGAGAGAUGGGAAGAGGAUGAGCGCGGUGUUCGACAUGCCUCAGCACAGUCCGUCUCUCCUGCCCUGGCUCAGUCCGGAGCUACUGAGACAAGACCUGCAUGGUUACGGGGUGAAGUCAGAUAUCUACAGUGUGGGGAUUCUGGCGUGUGAGCUGGUCAGCGGGAGAGUUCCAUUCCAGGACAUGCCGCCCACUCUGAUGCUGCUGCAGAAGCUGCGGGGUUCUCACAGCUGUCUGCUGGACAUCGCCCCCUACCCGCUGGGGGAGCUGGGGGCGCUGAAGGUGUCCCGCUCUGGAGUGGACUCUGGGAUUGGAGAGAGCGUAGCAGCCGGCAGCCUGACCCGCAGCAUGGCUACAGCAGAACCACAGAGCCCCGGCCCCAAAAACCACUCAGCCACGCUACACAACUUACUGCAGCUCUGUCUACAGCACCAGCCUGAGCGCAGACCUUCCGCCUCAGCUCUCCUCAGCCACCCCUUCUUUAAACAGGUGAAGAAACACACGCAGGACUCCUUCCUGAGCCUGAUGUAUCCGGCUGUGCCUCUCUCCUGCCCCCCAGACAGCCCAGUUUCUGAUCCACCCACUCAGACCUCCAGCACACCAAACACACCCUCGCCUAGCACACCUGAACCUGUGGACGGGGUGUGGGACUUUUCCUGAUAGUGCGGAGGCUCUGAGUGCCAAAACAAAGAGUUAACAAAGAGAGAGCCUGGAAAUCAGAAAAACAGUUCAUUUAGGAGCAUAAGCAUAAAUCAGAACCUACAACAAAUACACUGACAUGCCAAAACUCACAUUACAAAAACUAGAACAAAAAAACACACUGACUAGUGUCGAGCCUCAGUCACAAGAUAACACCUCACAACUUAUACAGGUGUGCACAUUCUCAAGCCGUUCCAUGGGGUAACACUUCAUUAUCAAUGUGCAGACAGCUAUCCCAUGACUUUUGGCAUGUCUGUGUAAAAAAAAAAAUCAACAGCAAAAACCGAAUUCAUAAUAGCUCAAACAAAUUUACAAAACAGAAAAUUAUAUAUUUAAAAAAAUAGGUUAAAUUUUAGUUGUUAUAAAUUUGCUCCCCCUCUCUUUCUCACUUUAUUGUUCUCUCUCUUUUUUCUCUUUAAAGCUUUAAUAGCUCAUUUUCUCUCUCUCUCUUUCUCUCUCUCUCUCUUAUACUCUUUCUCUCUCUCUCUGUUUGUCUCUUUUCUUUUAUUCCUCUUUCUUGUUCUGCCUGCAUAAAGUUUUAAAAUCUUCUCUUUUCUCUUGCUACCUCUCUUUCUCUCUCUUUCUCUCUCUUUCUCUCUCUCUCUCUCUCUCUCUCUCUCUCUCUCUCUCUGUCUGUCUGUCUGUCUGUCUCUUUUUCCCUUUAUUCCUAUAGUCUUGCUCUGCCUGCAUAAAGCUUUAACAUCUCCUUUCCUCUCUGUCUCUCUGUGGGUAGUUUCUUUACCCUGCCUUUACUGCGUAUACAGUAUCUGUCUCUCCAGCUGGACGUCUAGUCCUAGUUUUAGGAUCUAACAGUGCAGAACUUUUCCUAAACAUUCUGUAUUUUAUAUUCACCCCUCCAAGCCUAUGUUUAGUGGGGAUUUAUUUUAUCUUUUAUGCUGGCUGGUAUGAGGACUGUGGACAUCCAGUGAAGAACUCUGUGCCAUAAUCGGACAUAUUUUAUUGUCUUCGUGUCAGUAGCCAGUCACUUUGCAGCUGCAGUGAAGAAGUGAACAAAACUGAGCCACGAGUACUUGGAAGGUGUUUAUGUUUGUGUGUGUGUGUGUGUGUGUGUGUGUUGCCAUUUUAUCAGAAAAAAACAUUUUGUAGGUUCACAAAUCAAGAUUUCUGCCUUUUUGUAUAAUUCUACACUUUUCAUUUGGAAAGGCAUCUAAUAUUAUAGACUUUUUUUAAUCAGAGGAAGGCACCCAUCGAAAAUGUAACAUUUUUUCUAUUGUGAAGUCCCCCUUUUUUGAUUGGAAAACCCCUCAAAAAAGGGCCCUUAACCCUUUUAAUUUUUUUUACCAUGUUAAUGGCAGCUAAUAGUGGCAUUUUGCCUUGUUUCUGCAUCUCAAGGCAUUUUAGUGAUGCUUGGCAUUUUUAACCAUGGAAGUACCCUGAGUCUGCCAGUGACCACAGCUGUCUAGGUUUUAUUUAGGUAGUGGACUAUUCCCGACACAGCAGUGAUGUUUAUAAUUAUUGGUGGUAAUACCACUCUGUUGUGGCUAAUUUUGGUUCUUUAUAAAUGGUCAGUUUCACUUUAUGAAUGACCCUAUUAAUAUUUUAAAACCUGAGCGACCUCAGUUUACCAGUAUAUACCUUCUUAGAUUUCCAGUAUUUUGUCCACUUAGCCAGGCCUGGUUAGCAGCACUAACCAGCCGCAGUUAGCGCUAGUAAAUGGCGCCCAAUUGCAGUAUACUGAGGAACCCUGAGUGUUCCUGUAACCCAGGGUGCUAUCAUCUUGCGAUUCUUCCCAUGUAGCUUGUAAACAGUUAACAUGCAGACUACAGUCCUAUAUCCUCACCUCUAAAUGGUAAAAGAGUUAGCGCUGCAGAUAGCGGCUAAUGCUAAUGCUGCUGCACUCAGCCUAAGUGCUGCAGAAACUUCACUGAAAUCUCACCCUUAUAAUGCUGUACUUCAGUGGAAUGGCUUUACUCCUCCUUAAUACUUGAAGGGUAGAAUUCACACAGAUUAUAAAGCGCACUGUCAUUUUUAGGUGCGCCUUAUAGUCCAAAACAUUUUUGUUGGUGCACUUUUGGUGACCAAACUAAGUGAAUUAAGUGUGUGAUCUGCCCUUAACCGUGUUGUCGUUGCAGUUACAAAUUCACAAGUAGUUGAAUCAAGUGACUUUAAAGAAUCAACCUUGCUGAUUAUGUGAACUAACUGUUGUAGCCCUACUGUAAAUGUUUCAAAACUGCACCUACGUGGUAGCUGUUUCUGAUAAAAUGGCCAAAAGGUGUUGGUACAAGGUAGCUAACUAAUAAUAAUCAACUGGCAACUGUGUGUAUGUGUGAUUGGGUGCAUGUGUUCGUGUCUAUGCACUAUGAAAGGCAUCUCCAAAGCCUGUAUUUGUUCAGAGGGAAGAAAUCUGAACCUCGUAUAAGAGAACCCUGUGAAAACCAGUCCCUGAAUGCUGUGCUGUAAACCCGUCUGCCCAACACUGCCUCACACUCCGUCAUCCGCACCAUGGAGGCGGGGUGAAUAUCGCCUUUGUACUGUUGAAGAACUGAACAAACAGUUUUAACUGUGAUCUGUGACUCCCUGAGUACCAGAGUCAAUUUAUGACUUUUUUUUUUAUGUUAGCUGUAUGAGCCAUGUAGAUGUAUAAUAAAUAUAUUCUUACCCAGUUUCUAUAAAAAA